AUAUGAUCAACGUUUGGUUAGGUUCAAGAAGACUAGGUUAGGUUGAACGAGGUGGCUGAUAGGCGCGAGGUAAUUGGAAAUGAUGUUAACGCGUCAAAUGUAUUCGUUUAUGUGGAACAAAUGAACGUGGAAGAGCAAAUAUCUUGUGUGGGAAGAAAGAUAGUCUGGAGCUGAUAAAAAUGUCGCUGAGGAGGACGAUUAGUAAUGAGAUACGGAAGCAAUUGUAACGUAUCCAAGGGUGCACGGUGAGCGUUGCGCUUUCCCGUGAAAGUUACCCUCGAGGGGAGUAAUCGCGCUCGAAGAUGACGGAACCUUCAUCGAUGAAUACAGGCCAGACGUAUUGCUGGAACGCAGAGGCAAACCAGCAGAAUGCCGAGUAUUACUCGAUUCCCCAAGUGUCGGACUUUCCCGACUACACUCAGCCUCCCAAUUAUAACCCUCCGUAUGCUUACGACUCUUCGUAUUCCGUACCUCCUCCCGCCGUGCCGAGUAUCCCUCAUCCGGAUGUGUCGAAUGUUCGUCCCCAUGUCAACCCGACGAAUACGAUGCACCACUUCACGUCCUCUGCCUACCACGAGGCCAGUUUUUCCCCCAAUAUCGCUUACCAGCAUCAGACGGAUCCACUGUACAACAGUCGGUAUUGUGGCGGAGCUGAUUCCACGCCUCACGAAUACAUGAGAGAAGAAUAUGGAAACUGGAAUGCUACGUCCAAUAACGCGUAUAAUGACAACGCUGGUAGCGAAUGGCACUCUAACAACUCCUCUACGAGCUGGACGACGUAUGAAAAUACAUAUGCUGCAUGGUACGACCCUAGCGCGACGUCUUACGACAGAGAAAGAUUGUGUCCGACGCAAGACGUGUACAAGACGUCGCAAAAGGUGGACGAGAAUCUUAAAUGGAAGUAUGAAAACAGCUUGGACGACAGGAAAGUAUUGUCCAAGUACACGGCUACCAGACAGGGAUCUAGGGAUCCGUAUGGCAAACAGGAGAAAGUAUAUAGAUCGCAAUACGAGAAGCCCAGAGAUAGACAUCGUCAGCACGAUAGGGAGAUGUCCAGUUCGAGAGACUCUGUGCACGAUAGCAGGCACCUUGAAAAGUCCUCGCCUAAGAAACACGGGAGUUAUACAUCUCGUGCGGAAGGAAGCGGUAGCAGCAGCAGCAGCAGCGGCAACAGGAAAAGAUCCAAAUCGCAGGAGCCUCAUUCAACUAGAGACUCUACGUCGACUAAACGGACGAAGGGUCCUACUGAGAGGGAGAUAUUGUUGGCAAAAUAUAGACGUAAUUAUUGUGCAACGAGCAAGGAUAUAAAGCGAAAGAUGAACGAAUUGUCGGCAAUGGGGUCUAAGAGUUUACCUGAAAUUGAGAAAAGGAUUUGGACGCGCACGUCGCCGGCGGAUCUUUACUAUGUCAGGGAUGAGAAUAAUUCGAAAAUAAUGAAAACUAGUCCUAAGCUACAGGAGUUGUGCACGAUAUUUAAGAAAGUGCUAAUAGACAGAGCAGCAGCAGCCAGAGAAUUGCAGCCACCUUACGAACCACCUCCGAGAAAAACAAGAGCGCGUCUUUGUCGUCACAAGUCUGAAGCCUGUAGUAGCUCUUCAUCCGAUAGCGACACUUCUAUGGAUGAAGAUGAUAGGACGAUGGAAGAGUUAAUGGCAAAGAAACAGCAUCCACAAAGAUUGCAUCCUGAAAUGUGGUUUAAUGAUCCUGGAGAAAUGAACGACGGCCCAUUAUGCAGAUGCAGCGCGAAAUCGAGGCGCUCGGGUAUAAGACACGGAAUUUAUGCGGGAGAAGGUGCAAUAAACAAAUGUGACUUAAAUACGAAUAAUGCGGAUAAAUUGUAUCACUAUAGAAUAACGAUCAGUCCGCCGACAAAUUUUCUGACCAAGACACCGACGAUUGUCAAGCAUGACGAGCAUGAAUUUAUAUUUGAAGGCUUCUCCAUGCUUUCUCACUUCCCACUGGUUAAAUUACCCACGUGUAAAGUUAUUAGGUUUAAUAUCGAAUACACAAUUCUGUACAUAGAAGAGAAAUUGCCGGAGAAUUUUACAAUACUGGAACUGGACUACUUUCAAACGUUUUUAUUCAGAGAGAUUUUAGAGCUUGUGGAUUUCGACCUACACGCGGCACAGGACAAAUCCGGUUGCGGACAAUUCCAUUUUAUGCCGCGAUUUGUACGCGACUUAUCCGACGACGGUCAAGAGAUCCUAUCGAUGAACGAAGUCCUGAAUUAUUUGAUAAAGAGCAGUACCUUGUUAAUAAAUCCAGACGAUCUGACUAGAUUGGUGGCGAUGCCACAAUACAAGUGGCAAGAUUUUGCUGACGAGGUCAAGGGAAUGGUCGUGACGUAUCCGGGGAAAAAACCGUGUAGCGUUCGUGUUGAUCAGCUGGAUAGAAAUCAAGAAGACCAAUUAUCCGAUAAAGUAUCGACUGCUUAUCCCGAGAUCGUUCACUUUGGUAUUCGUCCACCACAACUUAGCUACGCAGGAAAUGCAGACUACCAAAAAGCCUGGAGAGAUUACGUCAAGUUUCGGCAUCUACUCGCAAACAUGUCGAAGCCGUCCUUCGAAGAUAAGAGAAAAUUAGAGGCAAAGGAGAACAAGUUGCAGGAGUUGCGUACCCAGAGCAAGAUGAAGCGCGAUGUCACGGUCGACGUCAGCUCCGAAGGAUUUUACAGAACCGGCAUUAUGUGCGACAUCGUGCAGCACGCGAUGUUGAUACCGGUGCUAGUCUGCCACUUGAGGUUCCACAAGUCCCUGGACAAUCUGGAACGCACGUUGGGAUACGAAUUCAAAAACAGAUACCUGCUCCAGCUGGCUCUCACGCAUCCCAGCUACCGUGAGAAUUUUGGCACAAAUCCGGAUCACGCGCGGAACUCCCUGACGAAUUGCGGCAUAAGGCAGCCCGAGUACGGCGACCGCAGAAUCCACUACAUGAACACGCGCAAACGCGGCAUCAACACGCUGAUCAACAUAAUGUCCAGAUUCGGCGCGAAAACUGAAACGGAGUCGUCGAUAGCGCACAACGAACGGCUAGAAUUUCUCGGCGACGCGGUCGUCGAGUUCCUCACCUCCAUCCAUCUCUUCCAUAUGUUUCCGGAGUUGGAGGAGGGCGGCUUGGCUACUUACAGAGCGGCGAUCGUGCAAAAUCAGCAUCUCGCCGUGUUGGCGAAGAAACUGAAUCUGGAGGAGUACAUGCUCUACGCUCACGGUAGCGAUCUCUGCCACGACCUGGAGCUGCGGCAUGCAAUGGCCAAUUGCUUCGAAGCGUUGAUGGGCUCGCUGUUUCUUGACGGAGGGAUAGAAGUGGCCGAUCGGGUCUUUGGAGAGACUCUUUUCAAAGACGAAGAGGAUCUUGCCAAAGUAUGGGUGAAUUAUCCACGACACCCCCUUCAAGAGCAGGAACCGACGGGAGAUAGGCAGUGGAUUUCCAGCUUCGAGUUGUUGCAGAAAUUGACCAAGUUCGAGGAAUCAAUUGGAGUAGAAUUCACUCAUAUUCGUCUUCUUGCUAGAGCAUUCACAGAUCGUAGUAUAGGAUAUACUAAUUUAACGCUAGGAUCUAAUCAAAGACUAGAGUUCCUAGGAGACACUGUGUUACAGCUUAUUGUUUCCGAGUAUCUGUACAAGUUCUUUCCUGAACAUCAUGAAGGACAUUUAUCGUUGUUGCGGAGCUCCCUCGUAAAUAAUAAAACACAAGCGGUUGUUUGCGACGAUCUCGGUAUGACUCAGUACGCGCUUUACGGGAAUCCGAAAGCCGAAUUGAAGACAAAGGACAGAGCAGAUUUAUUAGAAGCCUUUCUUGGCGCACUUUAUGUCGAUAAGGGUUUAAAAUAUUGUCACGUGUUUUGUGACGUAUGCUUCUUCCCGCGCUUGCAAGAUUUUAUCAUGAAUCAAGACUGGAAUGAUCCAAAGAGCAAGUUACAACAGUGUUGUUUAACUUUGAGAACUAUGGACGGUGGCGAGCCAGAUAUUCCUGUAUACAAAGUCAUUGAGUGUAAAGGACCAACUAAUACAAGGGUGUAUACAGUCGCUGUAUAUUUCCAAGGGAAACGGCUGGCUACAGCUUCAGGACACAGUAUCCAAGAAGCGGAAAUGAACUCUGCCAAAGAAGCUUUAGAAAAAUCACAAGAUUUAUUUCCGCAACUGGAUCACCAAAAACGUGUAAUAGCAAAAAGUAUGAAGCUGCAACAAUGGCCGAAUAAACAGAAAAUAAAGAGAAAAUCUGACAAAAGGUUCUCUGUCCACGAUAGAUCCGAUGAUUCUGACUGUAGUCAAAGUCGAAGAAGAAGUCGUAGCAGAGAACGUAAUACCUCGAAAAAGAGAGAUACUUAGUUUCUUACCCUUUUAUUGUCAUUAUCAAUGUAAUAAAUGCAUCAUGAUUUUUAUUAUCUUCAGAGGAAGAUAUCAAAUAUCAAAAUGAUAUUGGUACAGUU